AUGGACAGCGCCCGGGAGCUGCGGCGCGUGCGCCGGCGGCUGGACGACCCGGCGCCGGGCCGGCCCGCCACCGCGGAGCCAGCGGUCGACACCAUCGACCUGACGGAGCCGGUGACACCGGCCCGGCGAGCGGCGGCCCCCCGGGCCGAGGACCCGGUCGACCUGAGCGACGCCUCCUUCAGCCCGCUGCUCCCGGGGGCGGGGCUCCGGCCGCCGCCCUCCUCCGGCCGGGGCUCGGGCCCGGGGUCGCCGGCGCCGGGGUCCCCCCUGCCGGAGCACGACGACGCGGUGGCCGAGCUCCUGGCCCAGAUGGAUGCCUUCGAUGAGGAGAUGCAGCUGCUGGUGGAGGGGGCGCGGCCGAGCGCCGGGGGGGUGGAUGUGGCGCCGGCGGCGGCGGCGGCCGGCAGCGCGGCCCCCUCCAUCGGCGGGUCGGCCUUCGAUGCGGCCGUGUGGUCGGACGAGGAGGACCCGGCGGCCGGGGGGGCGGGGCCCGACGCCGGCGGUGGUGCCCCCCCGGCGGCCCUGGCCCUGCCCUGGUCCGGGCAGCCGGAGGUCCUCGUCGCCUAUGCGGCCUGCCUGCUGGUGGAGCAGGUGAACUUCCUGGUGGCCGGGCUGGCGGGCCAGGCGCCGGAGGACUUCGACAGCCCCUUCUCGGCGGUGGCCACCGGGCAGCUGGGCCUGGAGGAGGCCCUGCAGCCGGGGGCGUCCGUGCGCCGGAGCCGGGCCGCCAGCCGGGUGCUGGAGCAGCCGGCGGCCGGGGCCCGGCCCCCGCCGACGAUCCCGCUGCACCUGCUGCCGUGCCUGCUGCUGCCGGUGGCGCGGAUGCCGGCCGCCAUGCGGGCCCUGCUGCCGACGCGCUUUUGUUCGUGCGCCGCGGACGACUCGGCCCCGGGCCCGGGGGAUUGGGCCCGGCUGUCGGAGGCCGAGCGCGUGCGCCUGCUGGCCCGGCAGGUGCGGCUGGACCUGACGCCGCCGCUGCGCGGGCGGGCCAUUUCCCGGGUGCUGGCCGGGCGGUGUCUGGUGGCCCUGGCGGCCGGCAGCGAGCCCGGCGAGGAUGGCGCCCGGCCGGCGGCCGGCCGCGCCGCCCCGGCCGAGCGCCUUGCCGGGCCACUGCUGGCCGGGGGCGCCGCGCCGCCGGUGUGCAUCCUGCUGCCGGUUCAUGUGUGGGCCUGGGUGCGGGGGGUGCGCGAUGCGGCCAUGGCCGCGGCCGCGGCCGGGGCGGCCCCCGGCGGCCCGGCCCAGGCGGACGCCCUCCGCGGCCUGUUCAACCGGUAUCUGCGGCUGCUGCUGACGCCGCAGACCGGGCCGGUGUCGGCCUCCAGCGUCCAGCGGUCCUUCGCCUACCUGUCCUCCGGCCGGGGGCUUCUCUUCUUCGAGGAUGAGGCCGCCCUGGCGCGGGUUCUCCGCUGCACCGCGCAGCAGGUCCG